UGCCGCUUUCUUUCUAUUUCCCCCCGUCGGCUGGCUAGUGAAGUCAGUCACCGUGCAGGCAGCGCGACGCCUGGUCGUGUGGUGUUCUCUCUCUCUCUCUCUCUUUACUCUCUUUUUAUUUAUCGCGGAAGUAUUUUUUGGCGUGUGGCCCACUAGGGUACAAUUCAGGAUCCCCCUUAGGAUAUCGACAAGUCUCGGUGGUAUCGUGGCUUGGAGUCGGCAAUCGCGACUGUUGCCAUUCCCGUAGACCAAAGGACGAAGUCGCGACGGGCCCUGUGCUUGUGUGAGUUCAGUUGUGUCUUCAGACGGCCUCUUGUUGUAUAAUUCGGCGGUUUCAGGAUUCCUCUUCGGACGACAGAAGAGGUUUAUCAACAGACAAGAAGUGGAGACCACUCGAAACAGUUUAUCCUGGCCGAGGGACGAUUCCUAGCAUUUUUUGUAUACCGUGGUUUUCUGAUACCGACUCGGAGGCACUUUGGAACAGGCCGCGAGGGCUUCGCACCGCUAGAGAGAAACUCCAGCGUACAGUACAGAACACAUCUUUGUGUUGGUACAGUACUUACUGGCAGCGGCACAACUUUUAGGAAGCUAUUCCGAAAAGUGGGAUCAUUACUACAAGUAUGAAGUGGGCAGGAGUACAGGAUUUGCUGUGUUACUUCGGACUGUUGUUGGUUUCAGUGGGCUUGAAGGGGAGCCUGGCCAACAACUACCAGUACCAACUGUACGCCGACCAGCCUAAUGUCUGUCCGUACCAGGAGGUAGCAAUGGUCGGACACAGAGAGCCAUGUGUGCGUGCCUUCACUCGCACGGUUAAGGUGUGGAAACCCAACUGUGGAUCCUACCAAGACUGGUGUGUUGGGUAUGAAAGGAGAACGGCGUACUACACAGCGUAUCGUCAGGUCUACCGCUCCACAUACCAGACCAACUACCGCUGUUGCCAGGGUUACCAACAGCUGAACCGAGAGCCAGGAUGCAUGUACCCCACCUGCAGCAGUGGUGUGUGCUUCAACGGUGGAAGGUGUAACGGCAACUACCGCUCCCAGCAGACUUGCACCUGCCCCAGCGGGUUCAAGGGACCCAGGUGCCAGUAUGAUGAUAACGAGUGUGCGUUGCGUAAUGGAGGAUGCCAGGACAGCUGUUAUAACACCAUCGGCAGCUUCUACUGCAGGUGUCGGCCUGGGUACAAGCUGGGAGAUGACGGCAAGACGUGCGAAGAUGUAGACGAGUGUAAGAUCCACAACGGCGGCUGCCAGCACCAGUGUGUGAACAGAGAAGGAGGGUUCUACUGCGAGUGUCCGGAGGGCCAGCGGCUACACUCAGACGGCAGGAGCUGCAUAGCUGCCAACAGGUGUUCGUUCAGUAACGGAGGCUGCCAGCAGCUCUGCGUGCCGAACGGGUACGGGCGCCACUACUGCAGCUGUCAGAAUGGGUACACUCUGCAGCGCGACGGGUCCACGUGUGAACUGGCAGACCCGUGUAAGGAUGGGAGGAACGGAGGCUGUAUGCACCAGUGUGUCCCCUACAGCGGCCGGACAGAGUGUCGUUGUUACCCCGGAUACAGGCUGGCUCCCGACCGCAAAACCUGCCAAGAUAUUGAUGAGUGUGCGCUGAACAAUGGAGGCUGUGCCCAGGGGUGCGAGAACGUUCCCGGCUCGUUUGUCUGCAAGUGCAGCCCCGGCUUCCAGAAGGGCACCGAUGGGAAACAGUGCUACAGGAUAGAGAUGGAGAUUAUAGACUCGUGUGUUCCCAACAACGGUCGCUGUUCAGACAUCUGUAGACACACGUCCAGCGGGCCUGUGUGUGAGUGUAAGGAUGGGUACAGGCUGGACAUAGACAACAAGACAUGCAUCGAUGCUGAUGAGUGUAGUGACGGGAGCUCGUGCUGUCAGCAGAUGUGUAACAACAAUCCCGGUGGCUACUCCUGCUCCUGUCACUCAGGCUUCCGCAUCAGGAAGGACGGAUGCGAAUGUGAAGAUAUUGAUGAGUGCUCAGCAAACAAUGGAGGGUGCGACCAUACCUGUCGGAACACGGAGGGAAGUUUCGAGUGCGAGUGCCAGGGAGGUUUCAUCUUGGACUUUGACAAAGUCACAUGUCUCGCCAACCCCUACCUGCCAACCGAGGUGCCCUUACUGCCCAUCAUCAAGAUCGCUCCGUCCAAGCCCGUUCCGUUCCCGUACCCGGACGAGAAUAACGGAUAUGACGCGCUCAUUGGUGUCCCGAUCAGACAACAAUGUGACCGUGGCACGUUUGGUAACCUGUGUACGCUGACAUGUGAGUCCUGCCUGUUUGGAGGUGUGUGUAACGUGGAACAGGACGGCUGUGACUGCCCCGCAGGACGUACCGGGCUCGUCUGCAACGAGACCUGUGAUGCUGGUUUCUAUGGGAUGAACUGUAAGAGUGCGUGUGCCUGUCAGAAUGGAGGAACAUGUAACCCUGAGGACGGCUCCUGUAGCUGUCCACCUGGGGUGAAGGGAGUCAACUGUGAGGAUGGCUGUCCUGCCGGCUUCUAUGGCCAAAGGUGUGACAAGAAGUGUAACUGUGCCAACAACGGCAGAUGCCACCGCGUGUUCGGCCACUGUCUGUGUGAGCCUGGCCUGUACGGGAAGUUCUGCCAUCUAAGCUGUCCAGUGUUCUCCUAUGGGUACGGGUGUUCUGAGGAGUGUGACUGUGUGCGUGACCACGCCACGGCCUGCGAACCCAGGCUAGGGACGUGCCUCUGCAGACCGGGCUACGUCGGCACCAGAUGUGAAAACAAAUGUGACACAGGUUUCUAUGGUGAAGGCUGUAAACAGAAGUGCCAGUGUCCAGAGGGAACAGAGUGUAACCACGAGGACGGGAACUGCCAAAGACAGUGUCCUGCAGGAUUCUAUGGGCAGGACUGCGACAAACCCUGUUCCAAGGGAAGAUAUGGGCCCAACUGUGUGUAUAACUGUGACUGUGGGAUCGGUGACUGUGACAAAACUACAGGAGACUGUAUCUGUAAGGCUGGCAAGAUGGGACCUCAGUGCACAGAGAACUGCCCAGAAGGACGGUGGGGCAUCAACUGCAGAAACGAGUGUUCCUGUGAGAACGGAGCGACAUGUAACAUUAUCAACGGGGAGUGCGAGUGUCAGCCGGGGUACUUUGGACGCACCUGCACAGACAGAUGCCCGGUUGGCAGAUAUGGCCUACAGUGCAGGUUCCAGUGCCAGUGUGAGAAUGGUGGAGAGUGUGAUCCUGAGACUGGAAACUGUCGCUGCCAGCCCGGCUACACUGGAACAUACUGCAGAACUACUUGUGGCCUGCUAAAGUGGGGUCCUAACUGUGAGAACACGUGUUACUGUGACAACAGUGCUGCCUGUGACCCAAUCACUGGCCAGUGUCUGUGCGAGUCAGGAUGGACCGGAGAAAGAUGCCAUCUGCCCUGUCCACAGGGUACAUAUGGUCCAGGCUGCCUGCGGGAAUGCUCGUGUGAACACGGCGCGAAGUGUGACCACAUCAGCGGAGCCUGUGUCUGCACUGAGGGAUGGAGGGGCACAUACUGCGAGAGAGCUUGUCCUGACGGUUUCUAUGGCCUGGGCUGCCAGGAGAGAUGUGCCUGUAAGAACGGAGCCAGGUGUAACCAUGUGAACGGAGACUGCAACUGUCCACCGGGCUGGCUCGGAGAGGAGUGCGAAAUACCUUGUCAGGGUGCGACCUGGGGUGAGGACUGCACCAACCAGUGCAGCUGUCAGAACGGAGCGACCUGCAACAACAUCAAUGGGCAGUGUCUCUGCCGACCUGGCUUCAGGGGACAACACUGCGAACAGGAAUGCCAGACUGGUUAUUACGGAGCAAACUGUGCUCAGCGCUGCAUCUGUCGUAACGGCGGGGAAUGUAACGCUGUUACUGGGUCCUGUACCUGUCCCUCUGGGUACAGGGGCAUCGCGUGUGAACUCAGAUGUGACCCGGGUACGUUCGGCAUGUCCUGUCGGGAGGUGUGCGACUGUGAGAACGACGGAACCUGCGACGCCGCGACCGGAAAAUGCCGCUGCAAGUCCGGCUUCCUGGGAGACAAGUGCGAACAAAGAUGUGAGGAGGGCUACUAUGGGGAGGGGUGCAAGCACAAGUGCCAGUGUGAACACGCAGCCUUCUGUAGCCCAGUGAACGGUCGCUGUACCUGUCUGCCGGGAUGGAGGGGCAGACGCUGUAACAAAGCCUGUGUGACAGGUUUCCAUGGAUACGACUGUGAGCAGAAGUGCAGCUGUCCCAACGGCCGCCCGUGUCACCACGUCAGCGGCGAGUGCAAGUGUCCGCCCGGCUUCAGCGGGGACGCCUGCGAACGACCCUGCCCGGCCGGCACCUGGGGCGACACCUGUAAGAACUUCUGCAGCUGCUACAAGGAGAACACCCGCUGCAACAGGGUCAACGGGAGGUGCGACUGCAAGGAGGGAUUCAAGGGAGAGGACUGCGAACAAGUGUGUGAAGCCGGGACGUACGGCCAGGACUGUGCCCACGCCUGUGCCUGUGAGAACGGUGCCGAGUGUGACCCCAAGACCGGCGCGUGCACCUGCCCACCUGGAUGGGUGGGGCCCAGGUGUGAACAAGAGUGCCCUCCCCACAAGUACGGACAGAACUGUGAGAAGUCAUGUGACUGUCAUAACGGCGGGAGCUGCCAUCACAUCACGGGGGUGUGCAGCUGUUCUGCAGGCUUCUACGGUGACAAGUGUGAAACACCGUGUCCUGUGGGCAGGUUUGGCGUCGGCUGCAGCUCUGAAUGCGCGUGUGUGAAUAACGGGCUAUGUGACCCCAGGAACGGCACCUGUAACUGUGCAGUGGGCUGGACAGGUGACGUCUGCAGUCAAGAGUGUUCGUUUGGCAGGUUUGGUUCGAACUGUGAGCUGGACUGUAACUGCCAGAACGGAGCCGGAUGCGACCGGUUUACCGGCUGCUGCAAAUGCACACCUGGCUUCUACGGACAGUUCUGUGAAAUGAGUUGUCCGGAUGGUUUCUAUGGUGACCAGUGCCAGAAAGCCUGUAACUGUCUGAACGGCGCGACCUGUGACCCCACCACAGGACAGUGUUUGUGUCCGGCUGGCUUCAGGGGUGACCUGUGUCAGGAAGGUUGCCCGUCAGGUCUGUAUGGCCCGAACUGCCUGAAGUCCUGCGACUGCACGAGAAGUGAGAACUCGUGUGACGCUGCCACAGGAAAAUGUCACUGUCCACCCGGAUACGGGGGAGACAAGUGUGAAAGAACCUGCUAUGAAGGAGAGUAUGGUCCAGACUGCAUGUACAUCUGUGACUGUGAACACAGCGCUCGAUGUGACGCUGUCACAGGCUCCUGUAUAUGUGUUAACAGAUGGUACGGCCCCAGCUGCACUAUAGGAGGACCGUUGAGAUCUGGACAUACCGUCAUCAGGACUUUCUCUGCUUAUUCACUGGAAAGGGAAGAGUUUGAUUCGGGCUACUCGGGAAGAUAAUAUGGAGAAACAUGAAAUUUUGAACAAAACCCCCAAAAAUGUCAUUAUUCGCUGGUAUGCACUGCACUGAGCGUCCGGAGUACAUGUUUGUGUGGAGUUGGUACAAAUGUGAUAUAUUAUAUCUAUAUAUAAUGUUAUAUUAUGUAAUGUGCAAAGCUAAAUGCAGAUGUUGUCAAAGGAAAAUAAGAAAGACUUAAAGAAAGGUGGCAGGUAGAUAGAUAGUCCUAAGUGUCUUUUCAAGGUGUCUUAUGUAAAAUACUUGCUAGGAAGGUGGCACAUGUUUAUGUAGAAAGGGUACCAAAGAUAGGGUCUAAUUGUUGAAACAGUAUAUAUAUAAAAUCAUGUCUAACCAAUUGUUUUUAAUGAGCUUUCCUGGAUAAGCCAAGUCAGCACACAACAUUGUAUACAGAAGGUUCUGUGAUUGGGACCAAAAAUGCUGUUUUGAGGAAGAAACUUGAAGAUUGCUGUAUAACACUGACAAAAGCUGAAGAAAUAAUAGUGAUGGAAGGAAUUGUAUAGAUAUAACGUUUACAUGAACAGUACUUACACAGAUAAACACAGUGUCAGCGUUAGGGUGAAAAACUCUUCAUACAUGUCAAAGCAUGUAAAAGAUCACUUAUGAAUGGAGACCCAAGUUAUGAAGAGAGAAAGCAAAGCGAGAGAACAAAUUUUACAUGUUUUACACAAACAAAAUUAGUUUUAGACUAAGAAACAAAAUUAUAAGAAUGUGUCAUAAAAACAUCUUAAAACCAGCUUGAUUUUUUCACGUACUUUCUUUGUAUUUGGGACCGAGUUUCAUGUAGUGUGGCCUUAUUAAGCUCAAUGUAGGAAAGAUCUGAGUCACAAUGAGCCGUUUUAAAGGAGGGAACUUGCUUUGUGUCAGAGUCACAGAAUAGCAACAUAUGACUUGCCUGUAUGUAGCAUGUUAAUGUUAGUACACAUAUCUCGUAUAACAGUAUUCUUAUAUUGAGGACAAUUCCAAAGACACUAAAAACUCAGGCAGAAAAAAUCUUACGAAUGUAUUAUUAAGUUAGAUUCCUGAGUGGAAGCUUAUAGUAUGACUACACCAUUUACAUAUGGCUCGUCUAAACUAUAUUAUACUAUGUAUAACAUUUAGUAUACCCUUUUCGAAGACCAUACAAGUCCUCCAUGGAUUUGUUUAGCUGAGUGCAGGCAGCGUUUUGUUGUCAUGCCAUAGCAACAAGAACGAAACACUGUCAACCGCAAGAUACUGUAAAUUCACUUACUUUCGAAGUGGUUUUAUUACCACUGCAAACGUGUCAGGGUUUACAGUAUAAGGUACUGAAAAGAAGCAACAAGAUUACGGAAGCGGAACAUCAUGUGUUUCUUGCUAGGGAGCUGUUAUGUUGUAAACAACUGUUGUAAGCAACUGUUUGUUCUAAACAAGGACACGUGGAACAUAAAUAUUUAUUCUCCAUGUAACACCAGGGCACCCAUGGUGAUGCAAUCCUUAUAUAUAUAUCCAUGGAUAUGUUAUCCUACACAUCAGGGCACAGAGUAUACUAUAUGGACAAAGAGUGGAUGCCACUCAGUUUUUAUCUAUAUUUCCGAUGGUGCUGUUUUGUAUUCUUCCUUAUAUAGUCUUGGGUAACCCAACAUGUACCUUAUUGUGGUAAAUAGACUAUUUUAACCUUGAAAGUUUUGAAUCUUACAGGAAAAAGUCUGUAGGUUUUACCUUGAAUUUUAAGAAUGUUUUUAACUACACAUUUGUAGGUAUUGUUGACUUUAUUUUAACCUAAAAGAAUUCUAUGUUACACUUAUAUAUUCAAACAUGGUCCAACAGUUGCAUUGUUUUGUCUUCCUGGAAAAAAUACCCCAAGGGAAAGAAUUUGUACAUUUAUUUGUCAUUUUGUAUAGAACUUCCUUGUAUUCUUGUUAUGCUUAGAAUUGUAACCAUACAUUAUUGUACUAUUAUUUUGUUGUCUUUAUGUAUUAUUUCUUGUAGGUAGCCUCCAUUUGUUGGAUUUUGAGCUUUGCUGAAUAUUUUAUUUGUAUGAAGAUGACACGCUAUGCUAACGCACUUGCUGUCUGUGCUAAUUAAGAAAUCGAUACAUUUAUAGACCACCGCCCCAGAGGCGUCGCCAAACAUAUUCAAACAGAUACCAGUAUGCUAAUUAGGGAGAAAACCCACUGUGAUUGGCU